CUGAAAACAGGACUUCAAGCAAAGCGUUUGUAUUCCUUUUGCAGAAAUGUUGCUGAAGUGCUGCUGAAAGGGCCAGAGAUGCCAGGAUUUGGGGCCCAGUGAACCUUAAGCUGCCUGACACUGACCUCCUUUCACUGUUAAUAAAGAAGCAGCAGGAGCUUAGCAUGCAUUAACGCCAGUUUGCUCCUCUGCUAACCGGACACUUUCUGCAGCGAGUCUACAUCGUACAGGACUGGAUCAGCCCAGAAUAAGAUAGUUUCCUAUUGUACUCAGCUUGUAAUAUGCCUCGAUGGAGGAGAGUUUGGUGAGCAUGAGGGAAGACCAUUCUUUUCAUGUUCGUUACAGGAACUCUUUCAUUUUCAAAAAUAUGGUUCCAAAGGGCAGUUUUCACUUGUGAAUGACAAAAAGAGACCUGUGAUUUGAAGUGGCCUAAAUGUAACGACGUCUGGCUUCUGAUGUCACCGACGCCCAUAAUGGAAGCCUCUUGCCUGGAGCUGGCCUUGGAGGGGGAGCGCCUGUGCAAGGCUGGAGACUGCCGCGCGGGGGUGUCCUUCUUUGAAGCCGCAGUUCAGGUGGGAACCGAGGACCUGAAGACCCUCAGUGCUAUCUACAGCCAGCUGGGCAACGCCUACUUCUACCUGCACGAUUACGCCAAAGCCCUGGAAUACCACCAUCACGAUCUCACUCUUGCAAGGACGAUUGGAGACCAGCUGGGGGAAGCCAAAGCGAGUGGUAAUCUGGGCAACACCUUGAAAGUUCUUGGAAAUUUUGACGAAGCCGUAGUCUGUUGUCAGCGACACCUCGAUAUUUCCAGAGAACUUAACGACAAGGUGGGAGAGGCGAGAGCGCUCUACAACCUGGGCAACGUGUACCACGCCAAAGGGAAGAGCUUCAACUGCCCCGGCGCUCAGGACGCGGGCGACUUCCCCGAGGAGGUGCGCGCUGCUCUGCAGGCCGCCGUGGAUCUCUACGAGGAAAACCUAUCGCUGGUGACCGCUCUGGGUGACCGAGCCGCCCAGGGACGUGCCUUUGGAAACCUGGGAAACACACACUACCUCCUGGGCAACUUCAGAGACGCGGUCAUAGCCCACGAGCAGCGUCUCCUUAUAGCAAAAGAAUUUGGGGAUAAAGCAGCCGAAAGAAGAGCGUACAGCAACCUUGGAAAUGCAUAUAUAUUUCUUGGAGAAUUUGAAAUGGCCUCUGACUACUACAAAAAGACAUUGCUGUUGGCUCGGCAGCUUAAAGACAGAGCCGUGGAGGCGCAGUCUUGUUACAGCCUGGGGAACACCUACACGCUGCUCCAGGACUACGACAAGGCCAUCGACUACCACCUGAAGCACUUGGCCAUCGCGCAGGAGCUCAAGGACAGAAUCGGUGAAGGGAGAGCGUGCUGGAGCUUGGGAAACGCGUACACAGCCCUAGGCAACCACGAGCAAGCCAUGCACUUUGCUGAAAAGCACCUGGAGAUUUCGAGAGAGGUCGGGGACAGCAGCGGCGAGCUAACAGCGCGGCUGAACCUCUCAGACCUUCAGAUGGUUCUCGGGCUGAGCUACAGCACAAACACCUCAGUGAUGUCUGAAAACAUUGAAAUUGAUAACAGCUCGCACGGUGCACGCCCCAAGUUUGGACGCCGACACAGUAUGGAAAACAUGGAACUUAUGAAAUUAACACCAGACAAGGUACAGAACUGGAACAGUGAAAUUCUUGCGAAACAAAAACCCCUCAUUGCCAAACCUUCUGCAAAGCUACUCUUUGUCAACAGAUUGAAGGGGAAAAAAUACAAAACUAGUACCUCCACUAAGGUUCUCCAAGAUGCCAGGAAUCCCAUUGAGCACCGAGUUCCAAACCCCCAGAGGCUUUUCUCUCUGUCUCAGAAAUUCAGUGCAGACACGAUGGGAGAGGAAGGGUUCUUUGACCUCCUGAGCCGAUUUCAGAGCAACCGGAUGGACGACCAGCGGUGCUGCUUACAAGACAAGACCUGCGGGACGGCUUCCGGCACAGCUCCGUCCACUCCCCCGAGAGUGAAGCUAAAAACACCAUCUGUCUCCGUGGUGUCCCCCAACACGGACGAGUUUCUGGAUCUCCUGGCCAGCUCGCAGAGCCGCCGCCUGGACGACCAGAGGGCCAGUGUCAGUAACUUGCCAGGGCUUCGUCUGACCCCAAACAACAACCAGUCUGUCCUGGGCCACCUGGUGGCGAGUGACAAGGAGCCUGACGAAGACUUCUUCGACAUCCUCGUCAAGUGUCAGGGGUCCAGACUAGACGACCAGAGAUGUGCUCCUCCCCCCGCUGCCACAAAGGGGCCGACGGUACCAGACGAGGACUUCUUUAGCCUUAUUUUACGGUCUCAGGCGAAAAGGAUGGAUGAACAGAGAGUUCUUUUGCAAAGAGAUCAAAACAGAGACACUACGUUUGGGCCGAAGGGCUGCUUGCAAAGUGAUGCUCUGUUGGAAUUUAAAAAUUCAGGAAGAAAAUAAGCCACUAGUUACUAUGGACGUAUUUUUUAAAGUGACCCUGUGUCCCUUCAGAACGCUGUUCAGGAACUGCACCUACUUCUCUUUCCUGGAAAGGAGGAGUUACGGCAUGUAACAGCGUGCAGGCUGAGGGCGGCGCGCACACUUGGCAUGUACCGUGCAGCGUGUGCACAUGGACACUCACGUGCUCUGUGGACGCGGCCGAGAAGGUGCUUCCCCAGCUUCCGUGAUCCUGCCUGGGACUGUCCUUGGCCGCUCGAUAGUCCUUGGCCUCGGCGCGUCAAGUAGAAAGUUAGACGAACCCGACGACUCUAGUCCCCUUUCUGAGAUCGUAUUUUUAAGCGCUCCAUUGACAAUGGCUUUUUUAUACUUUACAUAUAAAGAGAAAAUAUGUUGUCUAGAAAAAAUGUGCUCGACCAAUGUGCAGUUAUAUAAAAUAGUCCCAUAAAAAAUCUAGGUUUCCCCCCUCUAA